CGAGGAAGAUGGCGGGCUUGUCGGUGCGGGACCCCGCGGUGGAUCGGUCUCUGCGCUCCGUCUUCGUGGGGAAUAUCCCUUAUGAAGCCACCGAGGAACAGCUAAAAGAUAUCUUCUCAGAGGUUGGACCUGUUGUCAGUUUCCGAUUGGUAUAUGACAGAGAGACGGGCAAACCAAAAGGCUAUGGCUUUUGUGAGUAUCAAGAUCAAGAAACCGCCCUCAGUGCCAUGCGGAAUCUCAAUGGGCGAGAAUUUAGUGGAAGAGCGCUUCGAGUGGACAAUGCAGCCAGUGAGAAGAACAAGGAGGAACUCAAGAGCCUGGGCACUGGUGCUCCCAUCAUAGAGUCACCCUAUGGAGACCCUGUGAACCCCGAAGAUGCUCCUGAGUCCAUCAGCAGAGCGGUGGCCAGCCUGCCUCCUGAGCAGAUGUUUGAACUGAUGAAGCAAAUGAAGCUGUGUGUCCAGAACAGUCCUCAGGAGGCACGGAGUAUGCUCUUGCAGAAUCCUCAGCUCGCCUACGCCUUGCUGCAGGCCCAAGUGGUGAUGCGUAUUGUCGACCCAGAGAUUGCGCUGAAAAUUCUCCAUCGCCAAACCAGCGUCCCGUCUCUGAUUCCUGGAAAUGCACAGCCAGGGCCAGGACAGGGACCUGGGCCAAAUGCUCAGAUGAACCAGCCGAACGUCCCUUCUUCUCAGCCACAACCAAUUGGCGGGAUGCACGUCAAUGGAGCCGCUCCCCUGAUGCAGCCCCCCAUGCAAGGAGGAGUACCUGCUCCAGGCCAGAUGCCAGCUUCAGUGCCCGGACCUGGGCCUGGGCCCAUGGCUCCAGGAGGUAGCAUGCCCGGGAGUGGCCCGAUGAUCUUGGAACGCGGACAAGGGAACCUGCAGCUCUCUCCCGUGGGACCUGCCAGGUCUGCCUCUCUUGAGCGCGUUCAAGUGCCCAUGCCAGACCCACGAGCCCCUAUGCACCGGGGGCCAAUGCCAGCUAGUGGGCCACCACCCCGAGGCCUUCUGGGAGAUGCCCCCAAUGACCCACGGGGAGGCACGUUGCUGUCGGUCACUGGAGACGUGGAGCCCAGAGGUUACCUCGGGCCACCGCACCAGGGGCCACCAAUGCACCACAUGCCCGCGCACGACAGUCGUGGGCUGCCCCCCCAUGAAAUGAGAGGCGGACCGAUGGGAGAGCCACGUCCCCUGAUGGGAGAGCCACGAGGGCCCUUGAUGGAUGGCCGAGGCGGAAGAGACCCGAGGGGUUUGGAGCCCAGAGUGAUGGACGGCCGGGGCAUGGAGCCCAGGGUGAUGGAUGGCCGGGGCAUGGAGCCCAGAGGCAUGGAGCCCAGGGUGAUGGAUGCGAGGGGCAUGGAACCGAGAGGCAUGGAGCCCAGAGGCAUGGAGCCCAGAGUGAUGGAUGCGAGGGGCAUGGAAGGCCCUGGAAUGGAGUCUAGGGGCCCCGGUCCCAACCCCAGAGGUCCAAUGACUGGCGCGAUUCAAGGUCCAGGGCCUCUGAAUAUGGGAGCAGCAGGCCCACAAGGCGCUCGACAGGUUCCUAAUAUGCCAGGGACAGCAAUGCAGGCUGGAGCCAUGGCAGGCGGAGCCGUACAACCUGCAGCCCAGCCUGGAGGUUUCAGCCCUGGGCAAAACCAAGUCACACCCCAGGAUCAUGAAAAGGCAGCCCUCAUUAUGCAAGUCCUCCAGCUGACAGCUGACCAGAUCGCCAUGCUGCCUCCCGAACAAAGGCAGAGCAUUCUCAUUCUGAAGGAGCAGAUACAGAAAUCCACUGGCGCCCCGUGAACCACAUUCCUCCGGCUUAGGAAUCCUUUGAAUGAAAUUCAGCCCUGGCUGGAAAUGACACUGAAGGCAGCUCACAGACCCUUCCCUCGUCUGGUCCAAAUCAGAAAGGAGAAGGGGGGUUUUUUGUUCCCGCCCCCUCAUUGUUUCCAUUCUUGUCUCAAAUAAAACUAUGUUCUACAGUUGACCACA